AUGGCUGACCAGCGCCCCGCUCCCCUCCGCCUUGGCACCGUUGCCCCCAACUUCAAGGCCGACACCACCACCGGCCCCAUUGACUUCCACGACUUCAUCGGCGACGGCUGGGUCGUUCUCUUCUCCCACCCGGAGGACUACACCCCCGUCUGCACCACUGAGCUCGGCGCCUUCGCCAAGCUCGAGCCCGAAUUCUCCAAGCGCGGCGUCAAGCUCAUCGGCCUCUCCGCCAACACCCUCGGCAGCCACGAGGGCUGGAUCAAGGACAUUGACGAGGUCACUGGCUCCAAGGUUGCCUUCCCCAUCAUCGCCGACAAGGAGCGCAAGGUCGCCCUCCUCUACGACAUGCUCGACUACCAGGACACCACAAACGUCGACGAGAAGGGCAUCGCCUUCACCAUCCGCUCCGUCUUCAUCAUCGACCCCAAGAAGACCAUCCGCACCAUCCUCUCCUACCCGGCCUCCACCGGCCGCAACUCCGCCGAGGUCCUCCGCAUCGUCGACUCCCUCCAGACCGGCGACAAGCACAAGAUUACGACCCCCAUCAACUGGAUCCCCGGCGACGACGUCAUCGUCCACCCUUCCAUCAAGACCGAGCAGGCCAAGGAGAUCUUCCCGGAGGUCCGCAUCGUCAAGCCUUACCUGCGCUUCACCCCUUUACCCAAGGAGAAGGCCACCGUCGCUUAG